GAGGACCCCGCGGCCGCUGCCGCUGCCCAGGGCCGGGCGCCCGCGGCGGCACCAUGAGUCCCCGCUCGUGCCUGCGUUCGCUGCGCCUGCUGGUCUUCGCCGUCUUCUCGGCCGCCGCGAGCAACUGGCUGUACCUGGCCAAGCUGUCCUCGGUGGGGAGCAUCUCCGAGGAGGAGACAUGCGAGAAGCUCAAGGGACUGAUCCAGAGGCAGGUGCAGAUGUGCAAGCGGAACCUGGAGGUGAUGGACUCGGUGCGCCGCGGCGCCCAGCUCGCCAUCGAGGAGUGCCAGUACCAGUUCCGGAACCGGCGCUGGAACUGCUCCACGCUCGACUCGCUGCCUGUCUUUGGCAAGGUGGUGACGCAAGGGACUCGGGAGGCGGCCUUCGUGUACGCCAUCUCUUCGGCAGGUGUGGCCUUCGCGGUGACGCGGGCAUGCAGCAGCGGGGAGCUUGAAAAGUGCGGCUGUGACCGGACGGUACAUGGGGUCAGCCCACAGGGCUUCCAGUGGUCAGGAUGCUCGGACAACAUUGCCUACGGUGUGGCCUUCUCACAGUCGUUCGUGGACGUGCGGGAGAGAAACAAGGGGGCCUCGUCCAGCCGGGCCCUCAUGAACCUGCACAACAACGAGGCCGGCAGGAAGGCUAUCCUGACACACAUGCGGGUGGAGUGCAAGUGCCACGGGGUGUCGGGCUCCUGCGAGGUAAAGACGUGCUGGCGAGCCGUGCCGCCCUUCCGCCAGGUGGGCCAUGCACUCAAGGAGAAGUUUGAUGGAGCCACCGAGGUGGAGCCACGCCGUGUGGGCUCCUCCAGGGCACUGGUGCCGCGUAACGCGCAGUUCAAGCCACACACAGAUGAGGACCUGGUGUACUUGGAGCCCAGCCCAGACUUCUGUGAGCAGGACAUGCGCAGCGGCGUGCUGGGCACGAGGGGCCGCACGUGCAACAAGACAUCCAAGGCCAUCGACGGCUGUGAGCUGCUGUGCUGCGGCCGUGGCUUCCACACAGCACAGGUAGAGCUAGCUGAGCGCUGCAGCUGCAAAUUCCACUGGUGCUGCUUCGUCAAGUGCCGGCAGUGCCAGCGCCUCGUCGAGCUGCACACGUGCCGGUGACUGCCGCCCGGCUCUGCGCCCAGCAACCACCCCGUGGCCCGGGGAAGGCCAAUAAUUUAAACAGUCCCUCACCACCCACCCCAAAAGAUACUGGUUGUAUUUUU